AGGGAGAGCUCGCUCGCGACGCGACAGACACAUACACGCACAACGUGCGUUUUUCCGUUCGCGAGCGCAAGAGCGUCCCCGCUGCCUCCGCUUGGUUCCCUUGUUCGCGUCGUCGUCGUCGUCGGUCGGCCGGCAUCAGCGGCAACAGCAGCAACAACGAGGACGACGUCGACGGCGGUUUUUCGUUGUGCAGUGCUGGGUUGGGUGGUGACAGCGGCUGCAGUGUCGUCGCUGCCAAGAGCCGCGCCGCCGACGCGGCCUCGUCGUCGUCGUCGCCGCGAUGGAUUGUGCCGACUAGCUUCUCCGGCGUCGGCGUCGUUGUUGGGCCGUGCGCGCGCGGCGAGCCGACGUUGAUGCGUGCGCCGCUGUGGCAUGUUUCCCUACGAGAGCGGCGGCGUCGGUGCCGGCUGCGGGCACGGCGGUGCGGUGUCCGGCUUUCUCGACGGCGCCGUGCAUCAUCAGCUGCAUCAGCUGAUGGCGCCGACCGGCUACCAGCAACAGCAGCAACAACAGCAGAUGGCCAACGGGCUGAACGGGCACCACGAGCAGCACCACCAGCAUCAGCUGGCGCACGGCCACUAUCAGCCCUACGGGUCAGAAGGGUUUGACCAGGACUCCCCAAGGUACUCUUCGCCCAAGCCACCGGGCCUUUAUGGGGAGUCUUAUUAUAUCGACGGGGGCCAUGGUGGGGGCGACCCUUGGUCCUCGAGCCAGAGCCUGCAGCCUUCUUCGUACUCGUACUUGGGCAACCAGGCCUCUCAUCUGCCCUCCACCUCGUCUGCCUUCUCUUCCAUGCACCUCCCUCCCGAAGCUAUGCAGGCGUACGGAGCAGUGUCCCCUGGCGGCCAGGAGCCCUCCGGCCUGAUGCCAACCAGCCUGCCACCCAUGUCGAGCUUCCGAGGCCCCUCGGGGGGCCCCCCUUCGACGGGGGCCUCCCGGCUCUACUCCGCACAGAACAACACCACCACCGGCAGCAACAACAACGGCUCCAGCAGCACCACCAGCAACAACAACAACAACAGCACGGCCAACAGCGGCGGCGCCAGUGCGGGCAGUGGCGUGGCCGGCGGCGUCGUAAACAGCGUCGUCAUGGGCAGCAAGAACCAGGGCUCCCCGGGGGCGGCAGCGGAGGUGCUCUCUCGGACGGGGAAUGCGUCGUCGCACGGUCCUCCCACGGCGUCCUCGCAGACGGGGGACACCCUGGGCAAGGCACUCGCCUCGCAGAUAUAUUCAGCCGACCACCCGGGGAGCAGCUUUUCAUCCACGUCUUCCACACCUGUCAGUUCUCCUCCGCCCCUGCCCGGAGUGGCACAGUGGACGAGAAACAGUGCACAGUCUGGGCAACUACCUUCGAGCUUCCAGGAAGCGACCAUGCAUCAGCUGCAGACGCGGGGUGUGCUGGAGGAGCGUCUGGACGACGCCCUGAGCGUGCUGCGCACGCACGCGGAGGGGGCUGCCCUGGGACCUGCCUUGGGCCUUACCCCGGGGGGCACACAUUCCAAUGGCCUGCUGGUGGGGGCCCUGCCGGGGCACCCCUUCUCCCCGGGCAUGCCCACCAUGGAGCCCCACGGGGCCAGUCCACCCGCACUGUCUGACAGUUCGAUGAGGAGUAGGACGUCGCUUACUACUCCUAACAGCCAAAACCCAUCACAUUACGUGGACACGAGCCCGGGCGUGAAAGUGGAGAAGUGCAAGGAUCCAGACAAGCUGGAGCACAGCAAGAUCAGCCCCCCGAACUCCCCGGGUCCCCUGGGCGCCAGCCUGACAACUCCAACUGCUACGUCUUCUUCUGGUGGAAAGUCUGCAAAGCGAUCGCGGAGUCGCUGGCAGGUGGCAUCUGGCAACAACAGCAACAGUGGCCAGGGAGACGCCUUUGCCGGUUCCGGCGAUGAAGAUGAGCCCCCAGAAAUCAAGGCGGAGAGAGAAAAGGAGAGGAGACAGGCGAACAAUGCACGCGAAAGGAUACGCGUGCGGGACAUAAACGAGGCGUUCAAGGAGCUGGGCCGAAUGUGCAUGAUGCACCUGAAGACGGACAAGGCCCAGACCAAGCUGAAUAUCCUCCAUCAAGCGGUGGAGGUCAUUACCAGCCUGGAGCAGCAAGUCAGGGAGCGCAACUUGAAUCCCAAGACGGCAUGCCUGAAGAGGCGUGAGGAAGAGAAGAGUGAGGAGGGCCCCAAGCUGGGGGCCCACGGCCUGCCCCCCCACCAGGGCCCCGGGGGACCCCUGGACGCCCUGGCACACCCCAGGCUGGCCUCUCUGCCUUGGACCGAAUUUCCCACAGCCAUGGACGGAGAGACGAGCAACUCUGAGAUGUGAACUUCAAAAAGAGUUAAACAGGGUUAAUGAUGCCCCUUUGCCAACACAAGACAGACUCUUCUUCCAAAGAAGAAAAUUCUCUUCCAUCUUCAAGUAGACAAGCAGAGCGAAAAAAGGAAUUUUACUCUACAUCACCAGUUCUUCCCUCGAGCAUUUCUACCUUUUUUUUUUUAAACAAGAACUCUCCGAACCCACCAACUGUUUGUGCGCUUUGCCCACUGCGCAUUGCGAAUGCACGCACACGCCAUGGGAGACGUCAACGAAAGAAGAUUCCGCGUGUGUGCGUGUGUCGGGUGGGGCUUGCAUUUGCAUUGCGACAUGUAUACAUACUACCAUAACGCAUUCAUCGGUGCAUUUCAGUGUUGCGCGGGCACGGGAGAGAGUACGACGGAAUCAGGGGACUCUGCGACGUGUAUUUAAGUGGAAUGUCUGUCCUGUGCGUGUCAUGACUCAGCGCCCUUCCUCGUUUUGGGGGGAGCAUUGGGGAGCAUUAUUGCCCUGUUCUCGGUUCCUCUCCUGGGCAGCAGGCACAAGCUCCAGCGGAGCGGUUUCCUCACUCUUUUUUAUCCCCAGUUGGGUCGACGGCUUGUUUGUCUCCACUGUUUUUACUUGGUCUUCGUCCUUGUUUAAUUUGUGCUGUUCAUUUUUUUCCAAGUUUCCCCCCUUUUCUCGCGGUCAAGAAACAUUGCGCGAGUACAGUUUUAUUUUUGGGGGGCGUCUGUGUGGCGAGUGUGCGUCUAGAGCGAAUGUGUGCGCGAGUGAGGUUAUACACAUAAAGAAAUAUAUAUAUAUAUAUAUUAUACACACACACACACUACACCUUUGGAAAAAAAAUGUAUAGAAUCAUCUCUAAUUUUUUUUUUCUCUUCAUUGUCAUUUUAUUUGUCAACUGUAUAAAUUUUUGACGGGAGGCUUUUUUGGGUGUUGGCUUGGCGUUGAAGUGAUGGAGAAGCAGUGAUUGAACGAUGUUUGUGCAUUUAUCUUUUUUCCGACCGACAACAGCAGCUCUCAUUUUUAUUGCUCGUGAUUUUAAUCGGAGCUGUGCUAGGAGGAAUCGUGCAUUCUAUUGUGGGGGUCUUUAAUUGGCUUCAAAGGGACAGUAAAGCGAUAUUUAUUUGUAGCCAAAUGAUGCAGUGUGGCCUAAAUUUGCGAUGCCUAUAUUUUUAAGCCGCUAUUGAAAACAAUAUCCUUGGCCCUCUUAGCUGACUGCGGUUACGUCGUGUGUCGAAACCUAGAUGAGUUAACUCCCGCAUAAUCGCUUCUCUGUUUUUGCAGCAUGCAAGCGUAGUUAGUUUUUGGUCUCUCUCUGUUGCUUACUAAGGAUAGCCUAACUUGAACAGGCAAAAAGUUUUAUAUAGCAUUAACUAUUGACCGAAGCCCUGCAGGCAUCAUUUCAUGCACCCCUUCUUAACUUGCCAUAAUAUCUGGAAAGCUAUCCCACUCCCAUUUUCUGUCCAGUUUGCUGUUCCCAGAAAAACGCAGAAACGUGCCUCCUAGGGGAAAUGGUCAUUUGUGUUCCGACUAAGGGCAACUGCUUUUUUGACCGCCAUUGAUCGACAGCAACGGAUAAGGAAAGAUUUUUCUUUAUUUUAUGUAACUCGGCUCAUUAUGCGGUCCAGGGCAGCUGACAUAAGCAUAAGGUAAAGUAAGGAAAUUAAGUCGAGCAAUUCUCACAGUUCUCAGGUUUGCAGUACAAAAGUUAGCCCAUCUCCCUUUUUCGCCUAAUCCGGUGUGCAAGGGCAGGUGAGGUAUCCUUAAGGAUAAAAAUUGGCAGCGACCUUUAAGCGCCGUUCACACAUGUGCAACCGAGUAAGACAGAGAGAGACCAGACCGGCUUUAAAGCCUUUUGAGACAUCUUAGGACCGGAUGCGCUGCAGCGAAGCUGGUCUUAAGACGUCGCAACAGGCUUAAAACCCGCUCUGGUCUCUCUCUGUUUUACCUCGGUUGCAUAUUGUGAACGGCGCUUUAUCUCUGGAGGCCUAUAAUGCGUGGAAUGCCGUAUUUAUGGAACAAUAGUUUAAGUUUGUUUAGAAGGCACUAAGCGGUUGUUUUGGGGAGUGAAGACUGAUUGCUUAUUAUAUCUCCACUAAAUUCGUGUCACGCGACAUCUAUUUCUUGGCUAAAUUAUCACGAAACUGAGCUGGUGUAUAGGUCAUAUGAUGUGCCUUUUCCCGUUAAAUUGAGCAGGCAACUGAAUUGGCGUUUAGUGUACAUGACGUCUGUUCCCCUCUAAAUUUAAUGUGGAAAUAGACAAACGGACAAAUUUCUGGGAUUAGGGGGCUCUGUUAAAAAGCAUUCCAUGUUUUGGUAGCUUCGAAAGCCAGCUAGGCUUAAACAUUAUUCGCCUUGCCUCGUAUGCUUUCCUAGCUGGUUGGAUACCUAAGCCAUAGUAAGUUUCUCUUUCUAGUGGUGGCUCUCCCAACUUGAUUUCAAAGUGACAUUUGUCAUGACCACCAUAUUGUAAUGCUUCGAUCAAGCUGUGCAGUAGUUUGGCGCUGUUUUAAAAAAGCCUUGGUUUGCAAAUUUUAAAAAAAAAUUGCUCGAAACUGUUGGCAAAAUUUUGUGCAUUACCACAAUGUGCUUUCAAAGCAACUUUCAGUGGAAGGUUCCUUUACUGUCCUUUUAAGCAUGCAAUAUUAAGGAAUUCUUUUUAGUUAGUGUUUAGUUUAGUUGCUGUUAGGGCCCUUGCAUGGACAAAAACUGCUCGAAUGGGUUUUGUUAUCAUGAUUGCAAUUUUUUUUUAUCAAUUGUUUAUUUUUGUGCUAAAAUUCAAAAUGUUUUUUUUUUUUUAUUCCCUUAAUGGUGCAGUGGUUUAUUUUUACUGCCAGUUCAAAACGGGCAGUUUCGAAAUCUUGCGUGAAGCAGCCAAAGCCCUGCACGAAAACUGUGCUCAGUAUAUUCAGUUGAAGCAAAGAAACCGAAAAGAUUGGCCCGUGAAAAUGGUUUACAUACUUUAUGGUGUUCACCACUGACUAAGGUUUUCCAGUUAAGCAUUAUGCACAGUGGAGAUGCCAAAGGAGAGAUUAAAAUUGUGCGUCGUAACAGGGUUUCUAAACACGAAGGAAACUGCUUGCAUGGCAGAGCAGCAUUGUACUCCAGUGCAAACGAACAUGUGCAUUUUUGAAACAUGGCAGUAUUGAUUGACGUUGCAUUUUAAGACUGGCAAUGCCAAAAGGAGGAGGGUGUGUGCAUUCACUGUUCUCCAAGGACUUCCUGUUCUCCCAAUCUGUUGCCAACCCUUCCACCACUUUUGACGGAAGGGUUAGACAGUUUUUCUUUUCCGAGGUACUUAAUUUUACGGAAAGGUUGUAGUGGUACUUCUCUGUCUGAAUGCAGUGCAUUUUUAUCGAGCAGCAAAGGAGACAGAUAUGUGCAUAAAGGAUGAUGAACUCUAUGAGAGCCCUCUCUGAUCGUGUCACUGUUUGUUAAUUUGUGAUUUAAAAAAAAAGGUGUUCUUUUUGCAGUUACUUGUUGGUGAGUGCACUCCACACGGGCAAAUUGAAAAAAAAGCGCUCUUAUUUUUUACUUUUCCUUCCGACAUGUGCAGCAUCUCAACCACCACAUGUUAAGACUUCCUCACUGGAUGCAAUUACGUUUUUAAGUAACUGUGUGUUUUUUUGUUUUUUU